AGGUUGGACAAAGCUUGGGAUAAUGGAAGAUAGCUAUGGGCUGGACAAGCUCUAAGUCCCUUCCAACCCAAACCAUUCCCUGAUUUCAUGAUUGUCACACUUGGGUAGCCCGAAUUUUUGUGGCCAGAAUCACAAUGGGAUCCCUUCAGCUGAAGUGUGGCUGUUUCCCUGUUCUGCCAAUCUCUCCAAACCACCAAAUUGCAUUUUUUUCCCCCAAGUUUUCCCUGCAGGUUCAUCGCUCCAACAAGCCCAUCAUCUGCAAGGGCUGCAGGAGAACCUUCACCAACAGCCUGUCCCAGGGGCUGCGGCGCUUCGGGCUCUGUGACAGCUGCACUUGUGUCACCACCACCCACGAGGACUCCGUGCCCAUCAACCUCAGCCUCGUGGAAACGGCCUCAGAAGGGCAGGAAAAAGGAGAUGCUGACAACGAUUGGCCCAUCUACGUGGAGUCUGGAGAGGAAAAUGAGCCGGCUGAGGAUGACGAUGGCGAUGACAAGCAGGAAAUCCACCGGAGUUUGUCGGACAAAGAAACUUUGAUGUAGCAGUGAGAGGAGAGGGGGAGCACUCAGAGGUUCCCUGGCAGAAAACUGCACAUUUUUCUCCAUCAGUGACACUGUGCUGGUUU